AUGACGGCCCAACCAGAAGUCGGUGUGUCCGACUUUGUCCUGAUGGACAAUCUCACGACGGACAAGUUUAUAGAGAAUUUGCAUUUGAGGUUUCAACACAACAAAAUAUACACAUACAUUGGCGAAGUGCUAGUGUCGGUGAACCCGUACAAAACAUUGGACAUAUAUGGGCCACAGCACAUGGCUGAAUACCGCGGGAGGGAGAUGUUCGAGGUCCAACCGCACGUGUACGCCGUCGCUGAUGCUUGCCAGCGGGUGCUGAGACAGCAGGGUAGAGACACAUGCGUCCUUAUAUCAGGAGAGUCAGGUGCGGGCAAGACAGAGGCUUCUAAAUUUAUAAUGAAAUAUAUAGCGGCGAAUACGACACAAGUGCAAAGGGAAUAUAUUGACAGGGUGAAAAACGUUCUAAUACAAUCGAACUCUAUACUGGAGACGUUCGGAAACGCGAAGACCAACAGGAACGACAACUCGUCGCGUUUCGGCAAAUAUAUGGACAUCCACUUCGACUACAAGGGCGACCCCGUAGGUGGACACAUAAGCAAUUACCUUCUGGAGAAGAGCAGGGUCGUUGCUCUACAGCCAGGGGAGAGGAACUUCCACUCCUUCUAUCAGUUGCUGAGCACAAACAACGCGUACACGAAGAAGUACGCCCUGAGCUCGAGCGCGGUGUACAAGAUCCUGGGCAACGAGCGCGCCACCGCGCAGGACUCGAAGCUGUACUCCGUCACCAACAGCGCAUUCUCCGCGCUCGGGUUUCCGGCCAACGUCGUCGACGACAUAUGGAGUAUCGUCGCGGGCGUCAUACUACUGGGCGAGCUGACGUUCUCGGAGGGUGACGGAGAGGGGGAGGGGGAGGGCGAGUUGAGCGUGGGCGGGCCGCUGGCUGCGUGCGCGGGCGCGCUGGGCGUGGCGGGCGCGGCGCUGCGCGCGGCGCUGGCGGGCCGCGUGCUGGCCGCGGGCGGGGACCUCGUCAGCAAGCGCCACUCGCGCAGCGACGCGCACUACACGCGCCUCGCGCUCGCCAAGGCCGCCUACGACAGGCUCUUCACCUGGGUCGUGAGCCAGAUCAACAAAGCCAUUGAGGUGCCCCGCGAUACGUACAAGAACACUCUGAUCGGCGUGUUGGACAUAUACGGCUUUGAAAUAUUCGACACGAACAGCUUCGAACAGUUCUGCAUCAACUACUGCAACGAGAAGCUGCAGCAGCUGUUCAUUGAGUUGGUGCUGAAGCAGGAGCAGGAGGAGUACGCGCGCGAGGGGAUACAGUGGACGCCCGUCCAGUACUUCAACAACCGCGUCAUAUGCGAACUCGUGGACGCGCCCCACGCUGGCAUCAUAGCGAUCAUGGACGAGGCCGCGCUCAAUCCCACCAAGAUCUCGGACCAACAGUUGUUAGAAGCCAUGGACAAACGACUCAACGGCCACAAACACUACACGUCCAGACAGCUCGCGCCCACAGACAAAAAACUAAAACAUGGCGUCGACUUCCGUAUCACACACUACGCCGGCGAUGUGACGUACUCGAUCACUGGCUUCAUGGAUAAGAACAAGGACUCGCUGUGGCAGGACCUCAAGAGGUUGCUGCGAUCAUCCACCAACAAAUCACUGGCUGACAUGUGGCCGGAGGGAGCUGACAAUAUACAGAAGACAUCGAAGCGUCCCCCGUCGGCGGCGACGCUGUUCCGCAACUCGAUGUCGUCGCUGGUGUCGGGGCUGCAGAGCAAGGAGCCCUUCUACGUGCGCUGCGUCAAGCCGAACCCCCACCAGGCCCCCAACAUGUGGGACCCCACGCUGGUGGGCCACCAGGUGGCGUACCUGGGCCUGGUGGAGAACGUGCGCGUGCGGCGCGCCGGGUUCGCGAGCCGGCAGCGCUACGACCGCUUCCUGAAGCGCUACAAGAUGCUGAGCCAGUACACGUGGCCCAACUACCGCGGCCGCGGCGCGCGCGACGCCGUGCUCGUGCUGGCGCGCGACCUGCAGCUCGACGGCCUGCACUACGGCCACACCAAGCUGUUCGUCAGAUCGGCGAAGACCCUGCACAGUUUAGAAGCGGCUCGAUCGGAACUGAUCCCGUCUAUAGUGAUCCUCCUGCAGAAGCUGUGGCGCGGCACCCUCGCGCGGAUGCGGUACAGGAAGAUGAAGGCCGCACUCACCAUAUACAACGCAUGGAAACGGUACCGUGCCCGCCGCUACAUAGCGGAGCUGCGCGCGGAGGUGGCGCGCGGGGAGGGCGUGGUGCGCACGUGGCCGCGUUGGCCGGCGCGCUUUGGGGCGGCGGCGGCGCUGCUGCAGGCCGCGUACCGGCGGUGGCGCGCGUACCUGGUGCUGCGGCCGGUGCCGCGCGCGCAGUGGCCGCAGCUCAAGAUGAAGAUCCACGCGGCCAGCGUGCUGCGCGGCCGCCGCCCGCAGUGGGGCGCCGACCGCCACUGGGCGGGCGACUACCUCGCCGACCCCGCCUACAACGCCAAGUGCGGUCAGUGUUCGGUCAUGUUCGCCUCUGUCAGAUCUAUUCGGAACUGAAACGGGAACCUUGCCACAUAUACGGAUAUCAUAAUAAAUAUCUCAAGAUGUAUUUAUAAAACAAUUAUGUUUGAUGUCUUAUAUUUUCACGCGCUUAAAACUUUUAAACGGUUUCAUCGCGUUUGUAUUUAGUUUUAUUGACGUUUCGGACCCUUUACAGAUUCCGUGUUCGCGUAAGACUUAAAUAUGUUUGUUACUUUGCCAUUAUAAUCCGUUAUGCAGUUCAAAAUUGCCUAUAUUUUAUACUAUGUAUAGAUGUGAAAAUAAGUAAUUUAGAAAUAUAUACUGUCUCGUAAUGUAUAUACGUUUCAAAUUGAUAAAAUCUUUCGUUAGAUAUGUUCAGCUAAAAAGACAGCUCAGGCAUAGAAGUCUAAUUAAGAAAAACGCAUUUAAAAUAUAUGCUUAUAUGUGCAGCUCUGUACAAGUCUACGAUGGUGACCCUUCAGAAGACCCAACAGAUCGGCAAGCCCGUGUUCUCGUGUCGCGUUCAUAAAUUCAACAGACACAACAAGUUGGCGGAACGAUGCUUGCUCGUAACAGAGUCGUUUAUAUGCAAACUGGAUGCGAAUACUUUCAAACCACUCAAGAAACCGAUACCCAUUGCCGAGAUCGGCGGCGUGCGCGUGAUGAGCAGCGACGCGCAGCUGGUGGUGGUGAGCGUGCCGGCCGCCAACAACGACCUGGUGCUGGGCCUGCGCCCCCCCCUCCCCCACCACGACCUGUGCGGGGAGCUGCUCGCCGCCCUCACCUACCGCCACCGCGCGUGCGUCUCGCUUCCCCCUCACACCCUCUUACACUGUACACUACAUACACCGCACCCAAACAUUUAUUGGUCGUCUAUGAAUUACCCUUAUUUUUCAUAAAACACUAUGACUUCAUGAUAAUAUCAAUUGUUUUUUUAUUUGCGCAGGUUUUAUAUAGUAACAAUUUAUCUCCCCACAGGUUGAAAGGAGUGGACCUGUUAGUGGAGGUGGAGAGCGGCGCCACGACCCGGUGCACGCUGGGCGGCAAGCGGCGCGCGCUGCAGCUCCCCUCCACCCCCCUCCCCCACCUCCCCCACCUCCCCCACCGAGCCCGCCUUCACGCACGCGAGCAACGUCAUCAUAUACCAUCCGGCCUCCGCGCGUGCGUAACCUACGCUGACAUACUUUUUUAACCGCAAAUUAAAUUUAAAAACAAAAUAGGAAAUAUUAUGGUGUAUAAAUGUAAUAAUAAACAUUCACCUUAAAGACUUAAUUGAGCGAUGAGGACGUUUGG